AUGUCGUUACGAUGUAAGGAAAUUGAAAACAUUAUUAAUAAGAUUUUUACAAAACCCAAAGAAAUUGAUGAAUUUAAUGUCACAGAAUCAAAAACCUUUCUUUCUUUAUAUCAACUAAUUGAUCCCAAUAGCAGCAGAAGAAAAAAAACUAAGCCUAAUCCGCCAAGGGCACAAAACGGUGAAAUUUGUAAUUUCAAGUUAUGGAAAAACAUUAAUGUUUAUGAAAUAAAAACGAUUUACGAUAAAGUAUCUGAAAUUGCCAAAAGGGUUCAUGGUAAUUUGUUCCCAAAUUACAGAUAUAGUCCUAAAAGAAAAUGUUUAAAUGGAUUAAAUCUAUUAUUUCAAAAACAUAUUUCACAUUAUGUACCAUACAAUUAUGCACCUUACAAUUAUAUUCAACAUCUUGAUAUUAAUAGUGCAUCAUAUUAUGCCCCUUACAAUAUUCAACAACUUGAUAUUAAUAGUGCAUCAAAUUAUAAGCCUUGCUAUUAUAUUCAGCAACUUGAUAUUAAUUUAAAAAAUUUUACAAAUGAAACAAUUAAUAAUCAUCAAAAAAACAUGUUAAAAUUAUUUGAAUUAUGUAAAUAG